CAAACUUCCAACAUGGCUCCGAGCAGUUAAUGUAGUGAGAGGUGGAGGAAAAUCUUGGCACUGGGAACCUCCCUACCCACGAUUUCUGAUGACAACUUACACGAUUCUGACAACCUCAAUCUUGUAAUUUGUUGUGUUUUAUUUUGAAGUGUAUAUACUCUAGACAGCUGGUUUUUACAGUGGCUAGUUCCACACAAUGUGAGUGCUCUCCCCUUGCUGUCGUUUAGAAUCACAGCCAGAAUCUGUGUCUGACAAGGAAGCAGGAUUAAAGUCCAAUGUAGUCGUAUUAGGCUGUCCCUAAAUGGCAGCACGGGGACCGCCAGAUGAUGACGACAAAAAUCAUGAGAGAUUGUACGUUAAGAUUCAGAGGGAAGAACGGAAAGUUAUCCCCCCUGUCCAGCUAGCUAGACAAGAGAUCAGAAUGACCUAUCUGCCCUCUGAUCAACCACUGCCAUGCAUUAUCACUACCUCAUCAUCCUGCGAGGGCAGACGACAGGAAACAGAAGGAAUCGUGGGUAUGGAAGUCAGUCCACUGGGAUCACAGAGCAAGGUCCGAGUGCCAAAGAUGGCUGGUCCCCAUGGCAGCCCAAUUACUACUUCAUCUGUCAUGGAGAUGUCUUCAACCAUGACGGCAUCAUCCAGCAGACACGCAAAAAUGGAAGUGAAUUCCUCAAGCAAGUCAUCCCAGCAAGAGGAACUACUCAAUGCUCAAGUGCUGGAAUUCUUUGAAGAACAUGGCAAGAAUAUUCAAGAACAACAGCAACAACAACAGCAAACACAAGCUUUAGUUCCUCAUUUUCAACAACACAAACGAUCUCCAAGUCCCAGUGCAGUUAGACAAAGCAUUGGGCUGGAUCAUCUUGAUAAUCUAGUCAAAUUAAUGGAACAGCUAUCAACUUUAAGGGAUGAAAAUCUCAAACUGAAGAAAAAGUGUGAUUACUUGGAGAGUACCAAACACCUUUUACAGAUUAAAAGUGCUGUAGAAUCAGAAAUUGGAUACUUAACACAAGGAGGUUCUAAUUCACUUCCAAAACCUAAAUCCAAGUCAAAAAGUGCAGUAAGAGUUAAAACAAGACAGAGACUUCCCAGUGCUGAAGAUGCUCAAUGUUUGGAAAGGAUGGAGGUGCAUUCAGAAAGCAGCAUAAAGAGACCCAAAACAGUCCCUCUUAGUAAAAGAAGCUUUUCUACUGGUUCUAUAGACAUUCCGUCUGAUAUCAUGGAACAGUCUGGAGAGGAAGAGAUCUCGGAAAAAAUACUAAGUUUAUCCACAAACAAAAGCAGGAGAAGCAGUCGCAGCAGCAGUAAAGCUUCCAAGUCUCCAACAACCAAACGCAAAGCAAAGACUUCAAACUGGUCCAAAAUUAUAAAGGUCAUUACAAGACAAAAGGCACCUGAACCAUAUGCUAUUAGUAUGAAAGGCAGUAGAAAAUCCCAGCAAGGCAGGCCACAUAGCAAGGAGCUGACUGUGCCUAUUUCUGCUGUUGAUGGAAGAUCUGUGGACAGUGGAGUAGGUAGUGGCCUUGAGGCAGAUGGCACAGAGGCACAACGAAAAUCCACUUCCUCUGGAGAACCUAUGAGUCCCCCUCCUUUCACAAAAGAGGAGCUAAAGCAAAAGGAAGAGAUGGAUCUAACAUCUGAUAUUUGGAUGGGGCCUCCAGAGUGGAUUAAAAAACAUGAGGAUGAAUUUUCCACAGUGACAUCUGACCAAAGUGAAAAAGAAAUUAUAAUCCUUAAAUCCAAUGACAGCAAAGAUGAUUCAGAUUAUCUCCUUCAAGUCCCCAUUACACGCAGGAAAUCAAGUCCAUCUUUACUGGACCACAGUGACAGAGAAGAAGAUUCCUCAGAUGAGGAAGAGGAAGACUUCACUCCUCUGAGAAGAUCCUCAAGUUACAAAGUUCAGUCUACUCAAGAAAACUCAGAUAUCAAAGAUGUAGUGGACUCUCCAAAACUGAUCAAGAAAUCCCAUAAAACACCACUAGGAAAAGUUGGGAAGAUCUUCCAUGUGCGCAAAGACAGUAUAAAGAAGCAGUUAAUUAAAAAACAAAGACAUUUAGGAGAGGAAGGAGACAUGGAUUUGGAAGGAGAAGAUGAGGGUCCUAUUGGAAGGUCAACACCUAAAACCUCACCCUCAGUUUUAAGACAGAGAACCCUAGAGCUUGCAGAUUCCCCACCCUCUAAAGCUUCAACAAGUCAUGGCACUAUUGAUGUCUCAGCAUUGAUGGGUAACAUGUCAGAUGAUUUUUCCAAGAAAAUGAAAGAAUGGAAUGAACUGCAGACGACAAAGAGAUUUUCAGCAUCACAGAGAGAAGGUGACGGCAGUGAAGCUACAAUCCCUGAGCAGAUUGCCGCAGUGUCUCCUGAAUUCCAGAAGAAAAUGGACGAAUGGGAAAGAACAAGAAGCAUCAAAUACACCAGUGAAGAUCAUGACAAGUCAGCUUCCCGAGAAUCAAGAGAGGGAUCCCCAGAGGCCUUCACCCCACCAGAUUCCCUGUCUCACCCAAUCAACAUUGAGGAAAUUCAGAGAAAGCUUACUGAUAGCUUCUCGAGGAAAAUGGAGGAGUGGGAAAAGCAGAAAUACAAGGGUAGGGAGGGGAGUCCAGGCUUGAUCCGAAGAAAUAGUGGCGGAAAGUCCAUCACACGAAAGGAGGAACGACAGAAGAGUAGAAAAGUUAAAGAAGGGAAAGGGAAACUGGAACGACAGAGAGAAAGAGAGUUACAGAGGGUGGAGAAAGAACAACAGAAACUGGAGAAGGAGAAAAUGAGGCUAGAAAAAGAGAGACUAAAAGCAUUGGAACGUGAGGCUAGGAUAGAGAAAAUGAAAGGUCGGCUUAGUCAAUCUGACAUGGAUUCCAAAUUCAAAAAUCCAGUGCUCAGUCCCUUAGCAGAAUACAAAGUUACUUCAGAUUUUGCUAAAAAGUUACAUCAGUGGGAAUUAAAGAAAGGACCAGGAUCUGUUUCCAUGGCAACUUAUCUUGAAACACAACAAAAAAGUCUUGGUCAAAGCCCAAGUCCUGACAGCUCAUCGAAAAAGGAGAGUUUCUCAGUGGAGGAUCAACAACAAACACCGGUUAGAAAGCUUUCCAAAGGUCAAAAGCCACCACCUUUGACCCUUAUGCCUUGCUCAGACUCACCAGAUGAAGUGUCACCAGGUGCAAGGUCAAGGUCAUCUUUGGACAGUUUUGAAGAUGAAACAUCCAUAACCACAGAGAGUAUGACAGAGUCCAACAUAUCCAGUCUGGAGAAAGCCAACGCUCGUUUGCUGGAAGAACUGCAGGAGAAAGAGAUGGAAUACGCAAAUCUACAGGAAGAAGUCCGUGAUCUUAAUGACAAACUGAACAAGGCCAGGAUACAACAUUCCACAGAGCUAGAACACUAUAAAGAAUGCCUUGCAGGUGGGAGCACAGUUCCCCCAUUGUCCCCGUUUACUAUGUCCAACCAGCUGACUGAACUUGAGAGCAAAAUCCAGGAACUCAAAAGCUUUGGAGAAAACCUUGCCGUUACUCUGGAAAGUGCUGCGGUAUGUAAAUGGCAGUCAAUAGAAGGUGAGGAGAAUGUUAACUCAAGACUGAUGGAUCUGUUAGAAAAGAUGAGACAAAUGUUAAUCCAAGCUUCACAGUCAGAAGAAGUAUACCAAAAAUCCUCUGCUCUGCACAGUUUUGAGAAGCUCUAUAGCCAGGCCAUGCAGCUACAGGUGCAGCUUAGCAACCUAAGGUUAAGUCAGAUUGAGCGCAACAAGGAGAUCAUGUCCAUGAAGAGGCAGCUAUUGCUACAAGAGGCUAACAAUCUUCUGCUACAAGCAGACAUCACACGCCGGGAGACAGAGCUACUACGAUACAAACAAGUGGCCAAAAAGAACCCAAGUCUGAAACGCUGGAACACGUACGGAGGAAUGGAAGGACGAGUUGUGGAAGGCAAAGAAGCUGAGUCUGUUCCACCAUACAAAAGAUUCACCAAAAACAUUGUCAACAAGUCAGUUGUGAAUGGAGCAGAGGAAAUUCAGGAGGCUUCAGAACCCAGUACCUCUGAUACCAGCAAGGAUGAAAGUAUGAGAACAGAUGAUGCUUCUCCAGCGGUCACACGCCAUACAAAUACCAGAAGUUCAUCUUCAGUCAUCCAUGUAUCACAAGCCAUUCAUCCCAUGUCACGAAAACCACCAUCUUCUGAAAGAGUUUCCACCUCCCAGGAUCAAGACAAAGAAACUUCGGAGACAUUCGAAUCAACUGUUGUUGUUCCAGCCAGUCAGGAUCCAAGAAAGAUCAUUCACACUGACAAAGGUGUAGAAAUAUCACUCACCAUCAAGUUACCUAAAGCUAAUGUCAGCAUGCCUAGAGACAUCUCACAACAUGAGCUCAGUGUACCAAGGAGCCAAAGAGGAAAACCUGUGGAUGCUUCCAAAGUCACAAUGGGUCAAGUCAGUGAAAUCAGUGAAACAUGUUCAGCAUCAGAUAUUACUGAAAUGAAGUUCCCGGAACUGUUGAUACCAGAGUGGAAAAAGACAACGGAUGGAGGGUUGAUGAAGGUGGAGAGGCUGGAAGUGGAGGAACCCAUUCUGAGUAACUCGGUACCUUCAGUGGCCAGCCAUCCACCAAGUGAAACCAUUCCAGUGACUUCUGAUUCCUCUCAGUCAGAUUCUGGUCACUACACUUCUGUUUCUGUUGAUGUAUCUAAGGAAAAAUCUGUGGACCAAAGGGUUCCUGCUAUCAGUGAAGAGCAGGCCAGAUCUCUGGAACAGAUGACCCAGAAUAAGAGACAUACAUUCACUGGAGUAAUGGACACUGGCUCUGAUACUGCCAUUGCAGCUAAACCUCUCAAACAAACAUCAGUUACAAUAAGCCCUAUGAUCUGUAGAAGAACUUAUGAGUCAAGUGUUCAUUGGCCAAGAUUGAGAAAUAUAUCAAAUAUUCACAGGAUUAAACCAGCUGAAGAACUUCUGCAAGAAAGCAGGAGAUAUAGACAAGGCCAGUCCAUUUACAUGACAAGAAUUUUACAAAAGUAUGCUGUAAGUGAAGAAACCAAAAAAUAUUUUGAUGAAAGACAGUCAAAUUAUGACAAAGAAAAUUUUGCUCAUCAUGGCUAUGUGAAAACCAUAGUACAGAGAUUAUCACGUGAAGGAACUCCAGAUUCAGGAGGUAGCAGCAGCAAUGUUUCUGCGAAGCCAGGAACCUCAAUCACAAUACACAGGGCAGAUUCCCCUCGAGCAAAGUCUGAAUUUGUACAGCAAAUUGUGAGGAAACUCUCUGCUCCAACUGGACCAGGUCAGUCUAGAACUGGUGUUGCCCCUUUGAAAGAUUUAACUAAUGGUGUUGGUGUGAAAAAAUUGGCUCAGGCAUUUGACAGUGGAAGAAAUACCCCAGAAAAAACUCUUUCUGACACUGAGCAAAAGCCAUUCAAAUCUGUGUUAGUGACAAGCUUGAGACAGAAAAGUCAUGACUUAGGUCACAUUUCCUUUGAUUCAUCUUCAUCCACUUCAACUUUAACUUCUCCGAAUACAACAGAAGAUUAUGAUCCAUUUGAUGGUAGAAAAGAAUCAUCUGUUAGUGAACAUGUGAUAAAUUUUUCAUCCAUGCCAUUGUUAAGUGUAGCAGAGGAGGAUUCCUCAGAUACAAAUAAUGGCUACAGGGAACGGGCAGCCACAACGUGCGAGGCAAGUUCAUCUCAAGGAGCCAGAAGCAGUCAAAUUGAUGAGAUCCAUGCUUUCUCCGAUAGCGACAUUUCUUGUCCGUCUUCUGGUAAACGCCACAUAUCUCAUAAGACAAUAGUCCCAGCAGGUGCCACAAAGAUGGAAAUAGUAUUUCCCCAAAGACUCACAGAAAAAGGCAGUGGAAAGGUGAAAAUGGGAACAAUAGGACUGUUGUGUCAACAGACCAUGUUGUCGUUUGAUCUCGGUUUGACAAUGAAAGCAGAGCAGCAACAACAGAAGGAAACAUCAGAAGUAAGACUGAGAAAGAAGAGCCAGGGAGAAGAGGAAAGACCAAGGCCACUCUCUUCAUGUUCCGACACCUCAAACGAGGAAAAGAAAAAAGCCAAAUCCAAAUUUUUUGAAUCCAAUUGGUUGCAAAGACCAAGAAGGUUUUUCAAAGUUUCGAAAUGCUGCGAUAGAACAGCUUCAGAAAAUAUUAAUGUUUUUGAUAGAUGAAGGAGCUUUUGAAAAUAUUCCGGAGAUUGAUGCUGACACUUAUUGAGUGUGUAAGGUCUGACAAGCUGGAGUUGUGUUAUACAGGAAGGAAGCUACUGUUGUCAUGGAGAUGAUCACCUGUUUCCAUGACGUCAAAGAUGGCCGCACUCCGUGAAGACAAUACCAUGGGGAAACUCAAGCCCCGAAGCAGGAGAUGAGUGGAGGCUGUCCGGUUCAAGUUGACCAUACUGGUCAAGACAAUUAUCUGGACCACUCUCACACUGCUGGACAAGGAGAGGAAUACACUCAACUUGAUGAAAAAAAUCCAACUUAAAAAAAUCUCCAUAAAAUGACCUUUAUUUCAGCAAUUUUAUUUUUUCGCAAUUUGGCUUUGCAGCCUAAAUGACUGAACAUUUUGAACCAUUAACCUUCUGUAGAAACCACUAUUAUAAUUUGUUCUUUCAUGUUCAUUGAAUGAAUAUUGCUCUGACCAAAAAAAGUGGUGAUGAUCUAGUCCAACUUUCAUCUCAUCGGAUAAAAUCUGGACAUUUUUAUCCUAAUUUGUAUUUAUAGAUUCUUCUGUAUUAAAUGUUCUGCCAAAUCCUGGUCAUAGUCAUUUCAUCCAUUUAGUCAUAGAUAAUAUAAGAAACAUACAGGGCACACUGAAGAUAUUGUAGAUGUAUAUGGAAUGAAUUAAUUUAUAAAGAUUUUAAAAUAGAAUAAUAUAUUAUUGAGAAAGAAAAAUUAUAUAGAAUAUGGGAAAAAAACUAUAAUUUGAUUUUAGACAUAUAUUUUAUUUGAUAUGAUAAAAAUCUACAAAAAAUAUACCAUGUAGAUUUAUGUAGCAUUAAAUGCAUCUAGAUUGGUAAUUAACAGUAUUGUACUUGAUGGUAGCAUAAAAUGCAAUACCUGCCAAAGAUAGUGUGCAAAGUCCAUACAAUAUAUAUGAAUCUCAGUUAUAAUUCUUCACCCUUUAGAAUUUUACUGGGUUUCUCAAUAUUUACAACCAACAAAAUGGUGCUAUAUAUACAGAUAUCAUGCAGUUUGUGUGUUUGAUUAAUGAUGUCAGAAUAAAAAAAAAUGAAAGUUUGUUA